AUGUCAGUGAGACUACCCGCUCUUCUUGCCGCCCUGUUGUUGGCACAGAUCCUGUGUGCCCGAGCCUUCACCUACACGCACACCUGGGGCCGCAAGCGUGCAGAGUCCUCGGAGCUCCUCACACCGGAGGCUGCCGCAGACAGUAUCCCUGCAGCGGAGGUUUACGACCAAAGUGAAGGGUCAAAGGUCACGAAAGAAGACUUUAAGAUGGCGGUUCGCACCCUGUUCCGGGUCCUGGGAGACUACCUC